AAAAUCUCUUCAAAAUCUUUUGUUUCACAUCUAACACAAAAAGCACAAAAUCUCUCUCAAGCUUCUUCGAUCUUGCUUCCCCCAAACCCUUAAACAUGUCCGGCGGAUUCUUCCGGGGUACUUCUGCGGAGCAGGAUACUCGGUUUUCUAACAAGCAAGCCAAAUUGAUGAAAAGUCAGAAAUUUGCUCCGGAGUUGGAGAAUCUGGUGGAUGUGACCAAAGUGAAGAUGGAUGUUAUGAAACCUUGGAUUGCGACUAGAGUCACUGAGCUUCUUGGUUUUGAAGAUGAAGUUCUGAUCAACUUUAUUUAUGGUCUUCUUGAUGGGAAGGUAGUGAACGGUAAGGAGAUUCAGAUAUCGCUAACUGGGUUCAUGGAGAAAAAUACUGGCAAGUUCAUGAAAGAACUCUGGACACUUCUUCUAAGUGCACAGGGUAAUUCAAGUGGUGUUCCACAGCAGUUUUUAGAUGCCCGAGAAGCUGAUACAAAGAAGAAACAGGAAGCAGCAAUGCAAAAAGCAAAUAGCGAGCAUGAUACAAUGAGGAAAAUAGACAGCAGCGUUGAACUCAAGGUGAAAAAUGGGAUGGAGAAAAAUCCUUCAAGAGAUCUUCCAGAGGAUGUGAGAAGGGCUGACGAGAAGAAUGGUGUAAAAGAAACGAGAAGGGAUCUGUUUUCUCCACGUCACAGAGAAGCAUCCCGCUCACCCCUUAGAGGGCCACGUUCUAGGUCUAUCAGCAAAACAAAUUCAGGCUCUAGAAGUUAUUCUGGCAGUGAACGAAAAUCCAGGAGCUUAUCUCGGUCAUCAGAUGCCUCUAUCUCACCCAGGAAGCGAAGAUUGUCGAAUUCAAGGCGUAGAUCCAGAUCACGUUCCUUGCGCAGGUCUCGGUCUCCUCGGCGACGUAGGAUACAUUCUCCUUACGGAAGCAGGUCUCGGUCACCUAUUAGACGUUACAGGCGACCUACCCCACCCCCUUUAAGGCGUCGUCGGUCGCCAUCACCCUUUAGGCGGCGCAGGUCACCAUCACCACCAGCUAGGCGUCGCAGGUCACCAUCACCACCCGCUAGGCGACGCAGAUCCCCGUCUCCGCCUGCUAGGUCACGCAGGUCCCCUUCGCCGCCUGCUAGAUCACGUAGGUCACCGUCACCGCCUGCUAGACGUCGUCGAUCUCCAGUUCCCUUUAGAAGGCGUAGGUCUCCUUCACCGCCAGCUAGAAGACACAGGUCUCCAUCUCCACUCUAUAGACGCAACAGGUCACGGUCACCACUGGCUAAGCGGGGAAGGUCCGACUCACAAGAGAGGUCUUUAUCACCGGUUGCUAGGCGCAGAGGGCCUACUGCGGCAAGAUUGCCUUCACCACCCGUUGGCCAAAGGUUGCCUUCACCACCUCCUAGGCGUGCAGGAUUACCUUCGCCAAUGAGGAUUGGAGGUUCUCAUCCAGCCAACCACCUGGAUUCACCAUCACCCAGUUCACUGUCCCCACCCGGUGGGAAAAAUAAGUUACCAUCUCCACCUGUUAGAAGACGUAGUUCACUGACUCCUGCCAAAGAGCGAGGCUCCCUGUCACCAGCUGGACGCGGUGAAGGAAAAUCCCCUUCAUAUGUCAAGCAGGGUGGAUCUAUAUCACCUGUUAGAGCCCAUGGUAGAUCUUCUCCUUCAUCUCAUCUGAAAGCGCGCUCUCCUCGGCGCAGGUCACCAACACCUGUCACCCGACGAAGUCGAAGAUUGCCGUCUGUUUCACGAUCACCUGAUGACAGACGUAGGAGACGGUCUCCAUCCUCAAGCAGAUCUCCUUCUAGGUCGCUCUCACCUCCUGCUCGCCGUAGAUCCCCUUCUCCAAGUGGAAGAAGACAACCGAGGGACAGAAGAUCUCCUAGACAUCCAUCUGAAGAGCGAGAUAGAGAGGACAGGACUCAGAAUUCCAAGCUAUCAAAAAGAACUGCAGUGCAGUCGCCUGAUAUUGAUAAGAGGAAACCAUUACUCGAAAAGGUGCCAGAAGUUAGGCGUGUAGAACCUGUGAAGGAGCAAGAGAGAAAGAGUGAUAAGUUACCAGAGAGGCGCUCCAGUAGACCCCAUGGUUCGCAGAUGUCCCCAGUUUCGCCUAAGGAAUCACUUAGAGUAGGAAAUUCUGAAGAAAAGAGUCAGGCUCAUUCUAAUAAAGUGAAAGACAGUGAGCAGGGUGAGAAAGAGGAUAACAGUGACUUGGAUGCAAAUCUUUCCUCUGACUCUAGGGAAAAUAGCAGACAUCGAACUAAGGAUAUAAAGAGAAGAAAGGAUAAAAGGUCUGCAAGAGAAGAAAGAUCCUCAGAUGAUAAGGGCAGUUCUGAUUCUGACCUGGAAGAUAGGAAGGAGGCCAAAAGAAGGAGGAAGGAAGAGAAGAAAACGAGAAAGGAGGAGAAGAAACGCAAGCGAGAGGAGAGACGUCGUAAAAGGGAAGAACGUCGUGGUGGGAAGCUAAAACAUAAGAAUCAAGAGCAUUCAGAUACUUCAGAGGGCGAUGAAGCUGAGACCUAUCGUAAGAAUAAAAAUCGGGAGGAGUCAGAUCCAAAGAGGCUUGAGAUUGAGUUGCGAAACAAAGCACUUGAGUCACUGAAAGCAAAGAAGGGCAUCAGCCACUAAAACCUUUAUCCAGCUUUAUUUCAACAGCUUUUUUAAGAUGCAAUGCCAUGCUAGAUUUAUCUUUAAUGUGGUGUUUUUCCUUACGUGUUCCAAACUUUCUUAUGUGAUCUGUUUGUUGGUGGCAGCAAAAUUGGACAAGUGACAAUUACUCUGCUAUUCUUGAGUGCAGACUUUAUGCAGACAUUCAUGGCUCAUUUUCUGAUGAGUAUAGUGUCAACUACAAGACUUGGUUAAGAAAGUGGCUAUAUAACGGAUCCUCUCAUAUGUGCCUAGACCCAGUCAGGUGAAGUGCCUUUCCUAAAAUCAGAUUCGUGGGACAGACUUUUGUGAACUCUAUUUUGCUGUUUGUAUAUACUGAUGGUUGCAUUUGGGUUAACAAUCUUCUGUGUUAUGCUUGAGAUAUCUGUAACUUGUGCAAUUGCAAUUUUUCUUCUUUCUUUC